AUAUAUAUAUAUAUAUAUAUAUAUAUAUAUAUAUAUAUCAUCUCUUUCAUAUCAUAUACGACUAGAGAAAUGAGUGAUUAAAAAAUAAUAAUACUAGAGUGAAUUGAACCUUAACUACCGAUGGAAAAUCACCGUACUCCAUCAAACGCCGUUAAGAGACGCGCGAAAUUGUAGCGUUAAGAUUAAAGAGACGUUUCGCCUAAACGCCUUUGAUUACAUAGGCGAACAGGAUUUUCUUGUAAUUGCCAGUUUGUUUUUGUCUUUUUUUGCAGAGGCGCUAUUUGCCAAGGUCUAUGAUAGAGAGCAAGUUAUACCUCAAUGGUUGUUUACUAUAACUUUUUGGUUGGGCUACUGCAACAGCCUCAUGAAUCCUAUAAUCUAUGCCUGCUCGAGUCGGGAAUUUAAAAGAGCCUUCGUCCGUAUUCUCAGAUGCCAAUUUGCCAAAAGUAGGAGGAGGUUGCCUGGUGAAAAUUCUUUUGCAACGGAAGCACCAUCAGCAACAGCUUCUGCAACAGACCUUCGUCAAGUUGGUCGUAAAAAAGCUUUAUAUAGGAGAAAAUUCAAAAAGUUCUGGAAUCGAGGAAAAUCCUAUCUCGAUUCAGAUCAGGAUAUAUCAAUGGAGGAGUGUAAUAGCCUAAUGAACAGAAGAAAAGAAGAUAACGGAAGGUUAGACUGUCCAAGGACUCGUAUACCCACGAGGAUACCGGACAUUGUUAUUGAAGAAUUGACUGCAGAGCCACCUAUAGAUGUAGAAAAACCUCGUAAGCGAGUUCCAACUUCCGAUGGAAGAGACAGUAUAAUGUGGUUAUAGAGAAGAAGAAUUUUCCACGCUCUUUAAGACUUUUUAAUAACGCUCUCUCCUAAUUGAAGAGAGUGAAAAAGAGAAAGAAAAAAUGAAAAAAAUCUAUUUUGUCUUCCAGAUAAUAAGAUAGUAAUUAAUCAUGAGAUAACGGAAGAGCUGAUUUUACCAAUUACUGCAGGAAAAUGCAUUCCGAUAUCUAAUAGAGAGAAGAAUUAUGAAGAAAAGGGGAAAUGAACAAAAGAAAGCUGUUUCAAGUGGGGAAUCAAGCAAAGAAGAAAGGAUUUUAAAGGCGUGAAAGCACGAAAAGGAAAAAAUUUGAAAAAAAAAAUAUUAGUAAGACUAAUUAACUGAAUUUACCACCGAAAUGUUUUUUUUAUUAACGAUUCAUAAUUAAC